GAACUAGUUACACUUGCUGGUUCUCAGACAAGGAAUAGACAUCUGCACCCCCCUUAGUUAUCUACAAGUCAGGUGGGGGGCACAUGAGAUCCCCUCUAAAUCCCACAACACCAGUUCUGCUCCUCUUCCUUACAGCUCUGGGAUAGUCUUCCUCUGCUUCUUUUUUGGAGGUUAGUAAUUCCUCCCCAGCUCCAUGCGAUCCUCCUGGAUUUUGACUUUCUAAAGAGGGUAGCCAUCUUUAAAUCUGGAGGAGAAUGAAUCCACAGCAAAGAAUGACGGCUGCAGGCACAGACAAGGAAUUAAGUGACCUUCUGGAUUUCAGCAUGAUGUUCCCUUUGCCUGUGGCUAAUGGAAAGACCAGGCCAACAACUCUGGCCAGCACUCAGUUUGGAGGAUCAGGUCUUGAGGAAAGGACUGGAUCUGGAACAUGGGGACCGGGAGAUCACAAUGGAUCGUCUACUUUUGACCAAGGAAGGGGUUAUGGAGAUGGAUCACACUAUGGGGAACAUAGGGAGCUGCCGUCUCAUGAAGGGAAUUUGCCCUCUUCUGCAUUCCUUGCAUCUGGGCUUGUGGGUAAAAAUGAUCGUCCGCCCUAUUCUUCAUUUCCAAGAGACAAUGGGAUGCCCCCAAUUAAUCAGUCCGGAUUCCUGCCCAGUGAGAUGGGAAUGAACAGUCCUGGUGCCUUGUCCCCCAGUGCUGGGAAAGGAGGGUCUCAGUAUUACUCAUACACCAACAACUCACGGCGUCGGCCAGGAGAAAACAACAUAGAUACCCAACCCAAAAAAGUGCGCAAGGUUCCCCCAGGACUUCCUUCCUCAGUGUACCCCACAAACUCAGGUGAUGAAUACAGUGGAGAUCGGGGAAGUUACCCUUCAUCCAAAACGUCUAACUCAAUCUACCCUGGAGGUUUUUACAUGACAGAUGGACUUCAUAGUUCCUCCGAUAUCUGGGCUUCCUCUGGAGGUAUUGGGCAAGGAGGGUAUGGUUCUUUACUUGGUGGUUCUCAGCCUCCCAUCGCCCAGCCGACAAGUUUUAGCAGCUUGCAUCCCCACGAGCGAAUGGGUUUUUCAAUGCAUUCCGGGGAGGUCAACCCUGCUGUGCCAUCCAGCUUCUCCUCCACUCCUGCCCAGUAUGGAGUCUCCAGCCACACACCCCCUAUUGGUAGCAGUGAUACUAUGAUCGGAAACAGAGGGUCAGCUACAGGGAGCUCAGGAGAUGCACUUGGAAAAGCACUAGCAUCGAUUUAUUCCCCGGAUCAUUCCAGCACAAACUUUUCCUCUAGCCCAUCCACCCCCGUGGGAUCUCCACAGGGAAUGACAGGUUCAAGUCAGUGGCCCAGGGCAAAUGGUCCAGGAGCCCUCUCCCCCAGUUAUGAUGCACCGCUACACACUUUACAGAGCAAGAUGGAAGAUCGCUUGGAUGAGGCCAUUCAUGUGUUAAGUCGUCAUGCUGUAGGUCAAGCUGGCUCACUCCCUGCAGGACAUGAAGACAUGCAUACACUCCUUGGAGCAGCUACUAGCGUUCUGGGGUCUGGCUUUUCCUCAGCAGUUCUGUCUCUGGCAAAUAGACAUUCUAUGGUGAACUCCCAUGCCGAUGAUAGUGCUCCUAACUUGCUCCACAACCAGGUGUCGCUACCCACGCAGCCUAGCUCAUUGCCUGAUGUUACCCGGCCACAGGAUACAUACACAGCUCUGUCUUUUGCAGGACUCUCUGGACUGGCCAGGGCAGUGGUAGCUUCUGGCUUAGCAGAUAUAAAGCGGGAGAGUAAAGAGGAUGAGGAGAAUAGAUCUAUUGGCGAUUUAUCGGACGACGAGAAGAAGGAUUCCAAAUCACAGAGAAGUCGGACGCGCUGCUCAAUUAACAGCAGUGGAGGAAGCAGUAAGGAGGAGGGCACCUCCUUGGAAGAGAAGGACACGAGAGAUCGUGAGAGGCGGAUGUCAAACAAUGCGCGGGAGAGAGUGCGCGUCCGUGACAUCAAUGAGGCUUUCAAGGAGCUGGGCCGCAUGGUGCAGAUGCAUCUGAAAGCCGACAAGGCUCAGACCAAACUCAUCAUCCUACAACAGGCUGUGCAGGUCAUAAUGAGCCUGGAGCAACAAGUGCGAGAGAGGAACCUGAAUCCUAAAGCUGCCUGUCUGAAGAGGCGUGAGGAAGAAAAAGUAUCAGGUGUUGACCCCCAGAUGGGUCUUUCUGGGGCUCACCCAGGUUUGGGGGAUACUCACAAUCCUGUGGGACACAUGUGAGUUUUCGCAAGUGACCAGGAACAUUUCCCUACAGUUCCUUCAGUUUUUUUUAUAAUAAAUAUAUAUAAAUUUGUUUUUUAUGUUUUUUUUUCCUUUGGAAAAUCAUCUACGUGACACACAAGUCUUUGUGGCCUUGACUAUAUUUUCCAGAGAUGUGGACUCUUGCAAACGAAUUUUCCAACAAGAAAAAAGAAGAAAAGACAAAAAAAAAAUGACUCAAUGUGACAUCUCAUCUUAGGACUUUUUAAAGCAGGAGGAAGAGAUGUCAUGAGAAAUUGCCUUAAUUAAAAAAAAAAAAAAAACAUCAUUGACUUGUUUUAAAGAUGGCGAAUGUGGUUACGUUGGGUUAAAACGUGCCCAUGUACUACCACCCCUUGAACUCUGGGGGAGCAUGGAUAAUUUUCCUGACCUUGUGCCUACUCUUGUAAGACAAUAACAAGUGACUUCCCCUGCCCCUCCACAUUUUUUUUUUUUAAAAGACAUAAAACAUUAGUAUUCAGUAAUCAGAGGUGUUUUUAAAGUUAGAACAAAUAGAAUUUUUUAUUUUUAUUUCCUUUCCUAUAACAUUUUUGUAUAAAAUGCCAAACAAAAAAAAAAAAAAUAUAUAAAAAUAUUUUUUUCACUCCCUGUUGACCCGAGCCCCCUUGAGUUUUUUCUUUUUUUUUUAAUGUCAAAACAGCCUGCCCACGGAUGUUAUGCUUCACACUCCUUAGAUGCCUUUGCAAUAGGUUAUCAGAAGAAACUGUGACCCCAGCAUGGUGCAUCAAUUAUAAUUUCCCAGGUUGCUCCUUGUUUUGUUUUGUUUUUUUAGCCAUGUGGAUUAGAAUUCAUUUCUACUAGAAAUAUUCCAUCAUAUUCCAUUGUUUCAGUGCUUCCCAAGGUUUUUAUAUAAAGUUUCAUGUGCACGGUCUUUAUGUCCAAACAAAGUGGAAAAAAAUGUGAAAUAUAGAAUCUCCUAUAUUCUUGAGGCUAAAUUCUGCUUUCCUUCUUAAAAGGCAAGUGGUCCUUGAAGGUGGGGAGAGGGGCAGUUCAAUGUCUCAAAUUGUUAUGCCACAUUUAAUAGUCCCAUAAUUAUUUGGAACAUAGCAUUUCAACGUCCUGAUGGGCUUGCUUCAUUGCACAGUCCUUACAGACGGAGGUAUCAAAACAGUACUGUAACAUUUCAGAUACCCUUUCCCCAUUGUAUUUGAGACAAGGCAUACUUCGAUGUAUUAAAUGCAGCAUUAAAAUAUUGGAGUGCCUUUAUUUUUGUAGUUGUGGAGGGGAAGGGAAGGAUUUGGGUUUUUGGAAUAAUUCUGGAAAACUUGCCUUGAAUAAUUCAUAAAUAUAUAUAUUUUUUUUUAUAUGUGAAACCUUUAUGACACCUUGAACCAUUUUUGAGAUCUUUGACUAUGUUUUGAAGUAUAAAUAUCAUGAUGAAAAGUACUCUGUUAAGUAAAGCAUAGUCAUUUACAUCAAAGAUUUUUAGUAGUGGUUUUGCAGUGCUGUUUUGUGUGUGUGAAUCCAUUUUACAGAUCAUGCCUUGAUUUGUGAUACUAUUCUGUCAAUUUCCAGUGUCUCCUUUUUGAUUUUCUUCCAUGCUCUAUUGUGCACCAUGCAGUGUGUACCUCCUCCCCCCAGUCCUCUGCCACAGACUUGUUAAGAAUCAUCUUGUUAUAGCAGCAAUACUAUUGAUGAUGAAUUGGUAGGACAUAGUUACGUAUUCAAAGAAUACAUACAUAUUGCAUCCAUCCAGUCAUCCCAGAAAUAUUUUAAGUUUAACCUAUUCCAUUUAGCUGUAGUCUGACAUAUGGUGAACCCCCUAUCUUUGUGUGUCUUGUGUAUUUUUUUAUAUUAAAUAUUUCAUGAAAUCUCUACUUUUGUGGGUUUAAACACAGACGGUGUGCUUAUAAUUAUAGGGCACACUCCAAAACAUAAGGGUGGUGUUAGGGAUACUGGGACACACACAAUACAAAAACAAACAGCACUGCACAAGAUCAAAAAGUACAAAUCAAUGACUUCCCCUGAAACAGACAUUGUUUAAAAGUUAAGUCAAAUGUGAAUGCUAGGUGAACAUUUCUUUUGGCUUUUUUUCCACAGCAAAUAGUAUCCCUCUAUUCUAAUAACCACACAAAAGUAUUUUACAAUAAAGACUUUUUUUUGUUGUUUUUUUUGUUCAAGAAGUGCAAACUUUAAAAGAGGACUGUAUUUCUUGAGUGCCUCAGAUCUUUCAUUUUUUUAGAUAGUUUUAUACAAGUGUCAAGUCAGCUGGCUGGAUUAUUUGUAAUUUUUAAUAAUAAAUAAAUAAUCCUAACUUUUUUAAGUAGGUUUUGAGAACUGUCUUGUAUAUAUACUUGUGUUGUAGCAAUACAUGUAAGCUUUUAUAACUAUAUAACUUGUUGAAUCCCAGUCUUUCAGAUGAUGUAUACCGAUGAAUGAUUAAAAUGAAUACAUUUUUAAAAAGUAAUAAAGGUUUUACCUUCCACUAA